AUGGCCGUCUAUGUGGCAGAGUCCAGUCGGCUUGGCCUUCAGACUCUGAACAUCGAGGAGCAUCUUGAGAGCUACCACUGGCUUAUGAGCAAUGAGAUGUCUAUGAUAUGGUCCAUGAGGAAGCCUUCUGCCAGUAUUGCCGAAUCACUUGAAAAUAUGCGCAAUCACCGUCCAACUCCAGACAAGCCAUGGAACGAAAGAUGGGCAAUUAUGCUGAAGAGCGAAAAGUACGAUGAGAAGCCCAAGAUGAUUGGAGUGGUUGGCAUCGUGCGAGAACCAGAACUGGGCUAUCGAAUCCAUCCAGACUUUUGGGGAAAAGGGUAUAUGUCUGAGGCUCUGACUAUGUUUCUUCAGAUGUGGUGGGCAUUAGAAGUGAGCCAGAAGUAUUCGCAACUUAUUGCGGCGGCUGACGGAAAAUCUCGCGAGUACACGGAUUCUAAUCAAGCAUGGAUUCAUGAAAGGAGAAUAUAA